AUGGCCCAGCCCCGGGGGGCCGCGAACCGGGCGCCCAAGGCCUCUCUCGAGCCAACGGCGCAGAGCCUGCGGAGCGCCCCGCUGCCCCGCCCCUCGAGAGUGGACAUCGGUUGCCUGGGCAGGUACCGGGGCGCCGCCGCCGCCUUCCGGGAGCCCUCCAUCCACGGCUCGCUGAUGCUCUCGGGGCGCCGGCGGGGAGUGCUGCGGGAGCUGCUGGGGCUGCAGGGGUCGGCUCCCGCCGGGUGGCUGUCGGAGGAGCGCGCCGAGGAGCAGCCACAGGGCGGGCCCGGCGGGGCGAGCGGGCCGAACAGCAGCGGGCUGUGCCUGGAGCCGCGGGAACACGCGUGGAUUCUGGCGGCCGCCGAGGGCCGCUUUGAAGUGCUGCGGGAGCUGCUGGAGGUUGAGCCGGGGCUGCUGCUGCGAAGCGACCCGAUCACGGGCUACACAGUGCUGCACUGGCUGGCCAAGCACGGGCGCCACGAGGAGCUCAUUCUGGUGCACGACUUCGCCCAGCGCCAGGGGCUGAGGCUCGACGUGAGCGCCCCGGGCAGCGGCGGCCUCACGCCUCUCCAUCUGGCGGCCCUGCAGGGCCACGACAUGGUCAUCAAGGUGCUGGUGGGCGCCCUGGGAGCUGACCCCACACGCCGCGACCACAGCGGCCACCGGGCCUGCCACUACCUGCGGCCUGACGCGCCCCGUUGUCUGCGGGAGCUGUCGGGGGCCGAAGACUGGGAGGAGGCGGCAGGCGGCAGCGAGCGCAAGAACGCCAACAACAACAGCAGCGGCGCCACUACGUGGACGCUGAGACGGAUCCCGAGCGCAGCGGGCGCGAGGACCGUGGAGACAAACACGAGAGUGGCGGCGGCGCCAGCCAAGAAGGACGACGCGGGCAACCGGCUGGUGCAAAUCCAUGGCCUUUUCCGCCAUCUGUUCCCCUUCUUCCAGGACCGUUGA